CGAGAGCCGAACCGAGGUGGCUGCCGUUGAGUGUUGGUCGUUCUGUGCCGCUGCUGCUGCUGUUACGAUACGGAUACGCUGUGAAGAGUGAUUGCCGAGAUCUACCGAUCGGCUCGUUAUUGAGUGCGAGUGUACGUGUAGCGACUCCUGUGCAACGCCAGAUCCCGGUCGGUUACGCGUGCGAUGGUAAAAGCUAGGACUAGCACCGCAAACGAGACCCUGUCGUUCGGUAUCCGCAAUCGGAAGGUACGGCUAGCGUUUGUUCUGCGUGUGCUGUGUGUGCUGUGUUUGGGCUCGCUGCAGAUCCUCAACCUAGCGCUUGCUCCCCCCUCGGGCGACAACGGGCGACCGCUAGGCGAUGGCGCAGUACGUCCGGCGGCGUCCGCCGGUGCCCUCCGUCGUUUGCUGAGCGUGCCACAGAGUGAACUGGAACUGUUGGUGCUUGUGAACGGCACCAUUCUGCCGGAGGUUGAACCGUCGAGCACGACACCGACCGGCGGUGACCUCGGUGGCAAUGGGACCGAGGCCGGUGGCCACGAACGCAACUGCACCCCGGCGGCCAUCUUCGAGUUUCCGUCGGAUGGGUUUACGCGUGAGGAUCGGCGCCAUGGCUGGAUCGCGGUGCACGUUGUGGUGGCCUGCUACUGCUUCUGGUUGCUUGCGAUCGUUUGCGAUGACUACUUUGUUCCGGCGAUCGAGUUGAUGUGCAAAAAGCUGCAGGUGAAGGAAGAUGUGGCCGGAGCGACGUUUAUGGCCGCCGCGUCGUCCAGCCCGGAGCUGUUCAUCAACUGCGUCGGUACGUUCGUAACGAAGGGUGAUCUCGGGGUCGGGGCCGUCGUGGGAUCGGCCGUCUUCAACAUCCUGGCCGUGCCGGCCGUUUGCGGUUUGCUCGGCGGACAGGUAGUUCAGCUACGAUGGUGGCCUGUCACGCGCGAUUCCUUGAUGUACGGAAUGGCGGUUAUCGGGCUGAUCGCGGUACUGUACGAUGGUCGAGUGAUGUGGUACGAAGCCAUGAUCCUCGUUUCGGCCUACAUCCUCUACAUUGCAGCGAUGUACUGCAACGAUCCGAUCAAUCGCUUCAUGUCGAAGACCUUCCGCCGGAAGUCGUACGUUCGGCCGUACACGGAAGUGACGGAAAUCUCUCCCUUGCUCUCCAACGGUGCCAACGGGAAAUCGGUCGCCCUCGGAGCCAAGAAUGGCACCAGUGCGCACCACGUGUGUGACAGUGAUGCCAGCGACGACAGCUUCGAGGACUACGAGCUAGCGACCUCUCCGUGGAACCACCGGGACGACAGCCUGGCUCCGUUCAUCUGCCGCUGGCCCAUUACGUUCGUCCUGUGGGCGACCAUACCGGACUGUCGGCGCUAUCCCCGGUUGCGGCUGGUAACGUUUUUCGCCUGCAUUUUCUGGAUCGGUAUCACGGCGUACUUCGUCGCGUUCCUGAUAACGGUUGUUGGUGACACCAUCGACAUACCGGACUCGGUGAUGGGCUUGACAUUCCUGGCGGCCGGAACUAGCGUGCCGGAGGCAGUCUCCAGUAUUAUCGUGACCAACCAGGGCCACGGUGAGAUGGGCAUCAGCAAUUCGAUCGGUUCGAACACGUUCGACAUUCUCCUGUGCCUUGGGUUGCCCUGGCUGAUCAAGUCGCUCGCCCUUCCCGCUGUGCCGGGGGAACGUUGGGUCACGCUCAACUCGUCCGGGUUGACGUACUCGGCGAUAUCGCUACUGUCGACACUCUGCGGCCUGUAUUUGGCGUUCUGGUUCAAUCGCUUCAAGCUCGACUGGAAGGUGGGCCUCACCUGUCUGUCGAUGUACAUCGGCUUCCUGACCGUGUCUAGUCUCAUCGAGCUGAAUGUGUUCUUCCCAGUGAAUGUUCCUACCUGUCCACACUGAUUGUUUCCAUCGCUGGAGAACUGAGGGGCAGAAAAACUAAAGCUAGCGUUCUUUUAAUGAUACUCUGGUGGAAUAGAGUUAUGCCAUCUGAUGAUAAAUAAAUCUGAUAAUCUAAGAAGGUAACGAAUGUUGAAAAUUGACGACGUUUUGUGUGUUACUGGUCCAGGAAAUAAACAUAUGGAAAUGUACUGCAUGUCUUCCUGGCAAUGCGUGUUGCCUACAUUUAGGAGCAAGUUCAGGAUCCUGUAUGAUGCAUCAAUACAGAACCGCGCAAUAGGGUUACAGCGUUACUGUGUGUUCUCCUGUUACUUUGCUAGGAUUUUUAUCACGGCUCUGUAGCGAAAUUGCUUAAGGUCCAUUCGAAAAGAACCAUCGAAGAGUGUUGCCUACGAUGCGAAACAAUCGUAAGGACCUGUAAUCAAUCACCUUAGGCACGUGUUUCGUGCGUGACAGAUGAUUAAGGAAGCAAAGUGUAAUUGAUACAUAUCUCCAGAAAUGUGCGUCAUUAGUACGAUUUCGGAUAGAGACAUUCGAGUAGCGACAGCCAAAAGGAUG